UCGUCCUUAGCUAGGCCUCCAUUAAAAAUCCCUCUCCAUCGUUGUUUUUUAUCACUCUCCCAAUCCCAAAGUAAAGAUGAUCAGCUUCCUCAAAUUCCUCUCUGUUGUGGCUUAUCAGCUUUUCUCAACACAAGCAAUUACAACGAUCGACAUCCGAAACAAUUGCCCUUUUACCGUAUGGGCAGCAGCAAUCCCUGGUGGCGGCCGACGUCUCGACUACGGUGGAAAAUGGAGACUCCAACCUUCAAACGGUCCAAUUGCAAAACGUAUCUGGGGCCGAACCAAUUGCAAUUUUGACGCAUCUGGGCGUGGUCAAUGUCAAACCGGCGAUUGCAAUGGAGUCCUCGAAUGUCAAGAUUUUGGCACACCCCCAAACACUCUGGCUGAAUACAGCCUAAAGCAGUUUAACAAUCUUGAUUUCUUCGACAUAUCUCUUGUAGACGGUUUCAAUGUUCCAAUGGAAUUUAGUCCAACAUCUGGUAAUUGUUCUGUUAAGAUCAGCUGCACUGCCGACAUCAUAGGACAGUGUCCGAAUGAAUUAAGGAUUCCUGGAGGUUGUAAUAAUCCUUGUACUGUUUUCAAUACUAACGAAUAUUGUUGCACAUCUGGUGGCGAUUGUGGUCCAACCCAGUAUUCCAAGUUCUUUAAGGAUAGAUGUUCAACUUCUUACAGUUACCCUAAAGAUGAUGAUUCAACUAGUACCUUCACUUGUCCGAAUGGAACCAAUUACAGAGUGGUUUUCUGUCCAUAAAUUAAAUGGAUGGAGCAUUUUUUUCCUUAAUUGAUGUAUCUUAGGACGUUUGAAAUCUCUAUAUUGUUUGGUUGAUGUCAUAAUCGCUGCUAUUUCUUAAGCUGAAAUUUCAAAUAUUUCACAACAUUCAUUGAAAAUGAAAAGAAUAGGUAUAUUAUUCUGUAACCAAUAUUUUUCUUUUGCAUAGGAUGUCCACUGAAAGGAUUUUUGUAACCAAUUGAGUGAUGGAGUAAUAUACUUGUGUACCGCAGAACCAUGCGCUUGUUUUCUAAUGUUGUAACUUUCACUUGCAA